AUGAUCAUUGAAUUACGUCGUUUGGGUGUUAGUCUGUUAUGCUUAGCAGUGGGUUUGAGUAUUGCAUCGUUGGUAACAAGUCUUUGGGAUUGUGGAAAUUUAUUCUCAACAUGUCAGAAUACUGUUUAUAAGGAGACUGUAUCAGCUGUUGCUGGCUUAAUCAUUUUAGGCACUGUAUGCCUAUUAAUCAUCAUCCUAUUGGAUGCGAUUGCAUUAUGUUCAGAUGUGUUCGCCUCACGUGCUGCUUAUACAACUGUACGUUUCAUUAUAUUAUACGUGGGUGCUGCAGCUCUCUUGAUCGGCAUAUUAGUGUACACAUCAUUAGUUGGACAUCAUUGGUCAUACUUCUUCGCAGUCACUGGAGCUGUACUAGCAACACAAGUGGCUAUAUUGGCGAUCAUGUCGUCAAAAUGUGUUACCGUUCGAACCACUACAACAACGAGAACAAUUCGAGAAACUCGCUUGGCACAUCGGUAA